UGUAGUGUACGUCCAGGUAUAAAUAGAGGCACCAACCUGGUGAUGGGCAUCAGUUGUCAACACUACUGCACCAUGAACACUAAGGUACUUCUCCUGCUGGCUGUGGUGGCUGUUGCUGCCGCGGAUAAACUCCCAGUAGGCUAUGGUGCUCCCGAGGACUCCUCUGAGGAGCAUGAGCCCGCCAAGUAUGACUUCGAGUGGUCAGUAGAAGACGAGGAAUCCGGCAACGACUUCGGUCACCAGGAGAGCCGUGAUGGUGACCACACCCAGGGGUCGUACUACGCGCAUCUUCCCGACGGUCGUCUGCAGACUGUGACUUACUACGUGGAGGGUGACUCAGGCUACAUUGCCGAUGUCAAAUACGAGGGUGAGGCUCAUUACCCCGAGUCUGAUGAGUACAAACCACCCAAAUCCCAAUACGGCGCCCCCGACUCUCACGAGUCUUAGAUGAUCGCCUAACCCAGGUCCCAGUAUGCAGUCCCUGAAGUUCUCAUGUACGCUCCAUCACUCCUACGAAGCUAAUGUGAAAUAAAAGUUAUGUUUUUAUUUAAAAGAGCAUAAUUUGCGAAAGCUUAUCGGCCUGUGAUUUGUUAUGUCUACAUUUUUUUGUAUUUGUUCAUCUUCGUUAAGCUCAUUCUUCUCAUGCUUAAUUGUUGAAUAUGAGUAUUGUAUAUAAUAAGUUGUUUAUUAAAUGGCGUUGCUUUAAA